UCUUCCUUCUCUCUCUCUCUAUCUCACUCUUUCAGAAAAAUUCUGCCUUUUAACCAGAAUUUCUUGUGCAAAAACUGUAAUUUCCUCCCUUAUCGUCUUCAUUACUCAAAGUUUCUUACUGCCACGUCCAACCUCAAGAUUAUUUUCUCACUUUCAUUCGUAUAUCACCACCUUUUCACUAUCAAAAUUUCUAACCUAACCACCACUUUUCUAUGGCUGCAGUUCUCUAUAACUAUAAAUAUUUUUUUAUUGAGAUGGGUGUUUCGUGUUUGUGUUUGUUUGCUAUGUUUUUGAAUGUGAACCUUAAGUAACAGGCCUUUCAUCGCUUUUGCUUUUGUAGACAACAGCUUCACCUUGCCUUAGAAAGAGAAAGAAAGACAGAAAAACCAACUGGGAGAUUUUUUUCCCUUUCUAUCCUGUUUUCUUUCUCUUUCUCAAAUAUAAACCGCUUGCUUGUGGAAGCUGUGGCUUAAAAGUGGUAUAUAUGGUUGAGGGCAACUUUUCCUUUUUCUUCAGUGGCUUCAGUUAAAGUAAACUAAGGGAGCAAAUUCUGGUGUUUUCUUGGGUUAAAGCAGGUUUAUAGUUCAAUCCUACUGUCACAGUUUUCUUUUUUCCUCCUUCUUGUUUCUCUUUGUCUCCUCCCCCUUCUCUCUUCUCUCCAUCAUUUUAACAGUUAAUAUUUGUCAUCUAUAUCUCGUCUUUCAGUUAUUUCUUAUUUCUCAUCUGGGCUUCCCUCAAUUUUCUUUCUUUUUAGAUUUCAUUUGGUACAAACUUGUAUAAGACUUAGAUCAAAUUUUAUGUAUUUCUACAAUUUUUUCGAGUGAUCUGUGCUUUCUGAUUGAUUAAUUAUUUUUUUUGGGUCAAUUUUUUGAGGGCUGAAGCUGGGAUCUCAAACAGACUGAUGAUAUGUGUUGUGCAGAGAGUUAACUGGAUAUGAUAAGAAAUGAGUAGGUGGGUGCUAUAUAGAGUGUAUAAUUUCAAAGAAUAUUUGCAGAGUUUGAGAGGAAGAAGAUAGCAUCCCCUUUCGCCGCCAAAUAAGCCAUGAAUACGAGUAAUUUAAGCUCCAAUAUCCGCAGCUCUGAUCUCAUUGACGCCAAGCUUGAAGAACAUCAGUUGUGUGGAUCUAAACAGUGCCCUAGCUGCGGACAUAAACUAGAAGCAAAGCCGGAUUGGUUAGGUCUACCAGCAGGGGUGAAAUUUGAUCCAACGGACCCAGAACUGAUAGAGCACCUGGAAGCAAAAGUAGAAGCCAAAGACAUGAAAUCUCACCCUUUGAUAGAUGAAUUUAUUCCUACUAUUGAAGGGGAAGAUGGGAUUUGUUAUACCCAUCCUGAGAAACUUCCUGGGGUUACAAGAGAUGGCUUGAGUAGACACUUCUUCCACAGGCCUUCAAAGGCUUACACCACUGGCACAAGAAAGAGGAGGAAAAUUCAAACCGAAUGUGACUUGCAAGGUGGAGAAACAAGAUGGCAUAAAACUGGUAAGACAAGACCAGUUAUGGUGAAUGGUAAGCAAAAAGGGUGCAAGAAAAUCUUGGUGCUCUAUACAAAUUUUGGCAAGAACCGAAAACCCGAAAAGACCAACUGGGUCAUGCACCAAUACCACCUUGGGCAGAAUGAAGAAGAGAAAGAAGGAGAGCUUGCGGUUUCAAAGAUAUUCUACCAGACGCAGCCACGGCAAUGUAACUGGUCCGAUAGAAGUGUAACAACUGGUGAAGGAAGCAGUGAUCCUAAUAGUAGAAGAGACCAUGGAAGUGGAAGUUGUUCAUCAAAAGAAUUAAUUCCACUUAGGGAUGAAAUGCCUGCACCUGUGGUUGCUGCUGCAAUGUCAAGUUUUGUUGCUAUGGAUAUGCCACAGUUAAAGUCUCAUGAUCACCAUUUCAGCUUCGACCCAUUUAAGAAAAGCUUCGAUGAGGUGGGGAUAGGAGAAGCUUCAACUGCAAGUGAAGCUCCACCAGGCACGUGCGAGGACAUAACGGAGCAGCAGCGGCAGCCACAUCAUGUGGCCCAUGAUCAUCACCGUCAACAACAGCAACACCACCACCAACAACACCACCAACACCAUGUGCAUCAUCAUCAGAAUAUUGCCACCACAGCCUUCCACAUCGCCAGGCCUUCACAUCCCAUCUCUACCAUCAUCUCCCCACCUCCACUCCAUCACACUUCUCUCAUUCUUGACGAUGACUCUUACCAUGUUCCCAGAAUAAUGCUUCAAAAUGAUAAUUUCCAGCAGCAGCAACAUCAUAAAUUGGGAGGAAGGUCUGCGUCUGGUUUGGAGGAACUCAUAAUGGGUUGUACCUCAAGUGAUAUCAAAGAAGAGUCAUCAAUCACAAACCCGCAAGAAGCUGAAUGGCUGAAGUACUCUUCCUUCUGGCCUGAUCCUGACAACCAGGAUCAUCAUGGGUAGGAGCAAAUAUAAAUAAAAAUAAUCAAAAGAUACCAUUACAGACAGCAUGAUUAUCACCAUCAUUAGUACUUUGAAGCCCUUUCUGAAGUUGUUAUUUAGAAGAAACCAGGAGUUUCCAUCUAUACUUUUGCUUUUUCCUUUCUUUCUUUUCUUUGGAGUGUCUCCCUGGCUUAUGUUUGAUGGCUCUCACUCUCAAACUGAACUAACUGUUGAAAGAGAGAAGAGAAAAAGAAGAAAGGAAAAAGAGGAAAAAAGAAGAAGCCAAAAAAGGCUGCUCUCUACUGACAAAAUGGAAGGAAAACCAAAGACACAAAGUAAAUCCAUCGAUAAUCAUGCGUGGAAAUCAUGCCCAUCGUCAUUGUAAUAUCGUCUUUACAUAUGCCUAUUCUUAUUAUUUUAUUAUUUCAAGGUGGUUGUAUAUUUUUUUCUUCUUUUUUUACUGUUCUUUGAAAGAAAAAUACCCAAGAGUCUGCGCAAAUUGCAAAGAAAGCUUUGUUAAUUGUGAUGUUUGUAGUUUGUAUUCACUUUAUUAACUAAAAUAUAUAAUUAUAUGAUGAUUUCCCGUUAAA